CCCAGCGGUAUUGGAGGCGGACUCGGUUCUCUACCCGCCGGUGGCCUUGGAGGAUCAGCAUCCACCCUCGUACAGGUCACUGCGACACCAACCGCCGCCGCCGGCACUGUCCCAGCAGCGACUGCUACAGCCGCAGCCGGUACAGUCGGCAGCAACUGCACUCCCCAGGCUUCCUCAGGGGGUCUAGGCAGCACAGAGAACGGCAUCACAGACAAGAACUGCUGCACAGACAUGACCGUUAUCUUCGCUCGCGGUACUGGAGAGAUGGGUAACGUUGGAAGUGUUGCCGGACCGCCCAUGUUCAAGGUCUUGAGAGAGAAGCUGGGCGCUACCCGAGUCACCGUUCAAGGUGUCGAGUACCCUGCUGACGCUGGCGGCAACGCAUCCAUGGGUGGCACAGGUGGCACAGUCAUGGCCCAGCUUGUUGCGACUGCGCUCUCUCAGUGCCCUAGCACCAAGAUCAUCCUCUCGGGCUACAGCCAGGGUGGCAUGGUCGUUCACAACGCCUUCAGCAAGGGAGUCAAGGGUGCUCAGGUCGCUGGUGCGGUUGUCUUCGGUGACCCAUUCAAGACCCAGGCUAUGGGAGAUCUCCCAGCCAGCCAGGUGCAGGAGUUCUGCGGAACAAGCGACUUUGUCUGCGGCGGUGGAGGCCAGGGCGGUGCUACUGGAAGCCACAUCAGCUACGGCAGCUCCGCUACCGCCGCUGCUGACUUCGCGAUCAAGGUUGCCGGUCUUUCUGCUUAA